AGCACACCAGACCAGAGCACCGCCCCACCUUCUCUACUAGAACAACCUCUCCCAUCCUUUUCAGUUUUCAACUCUCAUUCCCUUCAAUAAAAAAAACCCUAAUUUUCACAAUCACCAAAAGCAAUGGCCGCCGCCGCACCACCACCACCACCAACGGCAGCACCAGAACCUACCGACAUGGUCCCACUAAAGUCCCCAAUCGGCCACCCAGUCUUCUCACGUAUCCGCCUCGCAACACCAUCAGACGUCCCAUUCAUCCACAAACUAAUCCACCAAAUGGCCGUCUUCGAACGCCUCACUCAUCUCUUCGCCGCCACCGAGACAGGUCUCACUUCCACACUCUUCAACUCUCGUCCUUUUCAAUCAUUCACAGUCUUCCUCUUAGAAGUCUCUCGUUCUCCAUUCACCGAAAUCGCUCCGUCAUCUCCCGAUUUCACGCCGUUUCUCAAAACUCAUAGCCUUGAUCUCCCGAUCGAGGAUCCGGAAAGCUACAAUUUCUCGCCGGAUAUGUUAAACGACGUCGUCGUUGCUGGGUUUGUUCUGUUUUUUCCGAAUUACUCGAGUUUUUUGUCGAAACCUGGUUUCUACAUUGAGGAUAUAUUUGUGAGGGAGCCGUAUAGGAGGAAAGGGUUUGGGAGUAUGUUGUUGAGUGCUGUGGCGAAACAAGCUGUGAAGAUGGGUUAUGGUAGAGUUGAAUGGGUUGUUCUUGAUUGGAAUGUGAAUGCUAUUAAGUUUUAUGAGCAGAUGGGUGCUGAGAUUUUGCAGGAGUGGAGAGUUUGUAGGCUUACUGGUGAUGCUCUUGAAGCUUUUGAUAAGGUUAACAACAUCUAGAGAGAUUUGAUGUUGGAGAGUUUAUCGUAUCAGAUUCGAUUCACUUCCUUUUUGCUUUCAAGCUUUAAACUUUGUUCUGUUCUGUUUGUGUUUGUUUUCCUCUUCUUCUUACUGUUUAUGGAAGAGUUGGCAUUGAUCAUGAUUCUCUCUGCUUACUUACUUGAUUACUCAAUGAGAAAAACCCUUUUGUGGAAUGUAUGAAAUGUUUUCAAGUUCUUAGUAGAGUUAUGUAAUUCUGAUUCCUAGA